AUGAAUUUCCAAUUAAUAUUUCUGACCACUUGUGUUGUUGUUACCUUCAGCUCACCAGUAGAACUUGAAGACAAACUACGCACACUUUUUGCUGAUGAAAAAGAACUAAAUUUGAAAGGCUUGGGAGUAUCAACAAGAGGAACAGGUACAGGAAGUUCAUUGUCUAAAACAGAAAGAAACACAAUUCUCAAGCUUCACAGAGAGGCUCGUAACAAUGUUCAGCCACCAGCUUCGAACAUGCAGAAAAUGACCUGGAGCAAACAACUGGCUUCUGUAGCCCAGGCUCACGCUGAUAAAUGCAUCUGGAGUCACAACAGCGAAAGGUCAUCACAGGCUAGCAGUUUCAGUUACGUCGGUGAAAAUCUGUACGUUACAACAAGUUCUUAUGAAUAUUUGGACAAAGGUGUUGCAUCAUGGGUGAAUGAAAAGAAAGACUAUGAUUAUGCUUCUAAUUCCUGCAGUGGAGUGUGUGGACACUAUACACAGCUUGUCUGGGCUGACAGUACCAAGCUUGGUUGUGCCGUAGGAAGUUGUCCUACUAUGACUAAUUUACCCUCUUACUUCAAGAAUGUCAAAUUCGUAGUAUGCAACUAUGGACCAGGUGGUAAUUACAAUGGGAGGAAACCUUAUGAAGAAGGCACAGCCAGCAAUGACAAUGGAUCAGCGGGAUCAACCGGCUGUUAAUAAAAAGAAUGAGCAAGAAGUGUACGCACACAAUGGUUUGUUGAAACCCGGCAGCUUGACAUCUAUCAUAUUUUCUCCACAGUCUUAUAAUUAAAAUCUUUUAUGCAUUAA